AUGAUCACUACAAAGUUUAGCACAAUAUAUGGAUUUUUCAGACGCCUUUUUUACGUCUUGUGCCCACUGGGUGCUGUCUUGAAUUUUAAUAACUGCUUUAAUUUUCUUAUCUUUGAAGUUUUAGAUAACUGCAAACAAUGGGGAGAAUGGGAUGAAUGCUCAGCUAGCUGUCAACUGAAUGUCGCAAUAGUUCCUCAGCAAACUAGAAGCUGCAUUUGUUCAGAUGAAGAUUGCCCUGAACCAUUGUCAAAAGAAUUUCGAAACUGUAAUGAAAACAUUUCUUGUCCAGAGUACGUGGAGCUGUUUGCUUCAAAGAACGUUCAAGUCAACCCAAAUAACGCAAUUACUACAUUGCCAAUUUUAUCUAAAACAUUUAAAAUUGAAUUUGAAUUUUGCUUUACGUUUGCAGGUAAAGGCAACAGCCAUAACUUGUGUUUGACUAACUUAUUUAACUUUGCCGCAGCAUAUCCUUAUAUUUGCAAUACCGAUAGCUGUUGGGAAAAUUCAGCCUGUGAAUCGAAAUAUUUAGCUGCAUUUUUUGGAACCAGAUUUGAUAACAAAAACCAAAAUAUUUUACAAUUUGUUAAUUGCUUCAAUGGGAAGCCAGCCGUAAAUUAUGUACUUAUAAAACCAGGAUGUGGAAAGUUCCAAAUAAAUCAGCUGUUAGUUAAUGGUAUAUACCGAUCUACUGUUAAGUAUGGUGAUAUUGAAUUAGUUAAUUUUCAAAAUAAAAACCCAAAAGAAUAUAAGGAGGUUAUUGUAUAUUUUUCUACUCCUGCAUAUAACUCACAAUAUGGAACAGUAACAAAUCUUACAGUGGCUAAUUCAAAAUGCGAGUAUGAAGAGCUGUUUGUUUCGAAUAAAGUUGAUAUAAAAAAUUUUCCCUUAAUAUUGGCACCUAUUACAAAUACAUAUAAAAUUGAGUUUGACUUUUGCUUUGAAAAUUCCAAAAAAAUAGCCAGUAAAGAUAUCUUUUUUGAUUUUUCUUUUGGAACUUCUUGUUCCGCCCAUUGUAAUUGUUUUAUAUUGAAAGCAAUAUUUGUGUCAGGAGACUCAAAUGGAGUAUAUUUAAAUUUUGGUCUUUGCGACGAUAUGUUGGCAUAUUCAUUUUAUAGCCGGUAUCUUUUAUACGGAUGUAGAAAGUUUGAAAUAAAGCAGCUUUUAAUUGGUUAUAAUUACUGGAAUACUGUUAACGUUGAUGGUACACAAAUUAUUAGUAAGAAAAGAGAGGUUCCACGUAUUAAUUUAAAUUUCCGAAAUCCUGACUAUACGAAGAAACCAAUAGGAGUUAUCAAAAAUCUUAUUUACUCUAAAAUAAUUUGCGGUGGAUUAUAACGGACGACGUUAUUACCCUUGAUGUCGGCAAAGAAAUGCGAUGGAUAAAAAACAAGUGG